AUGCCGUGGGGAGCGUGGGAGGUGGCACAGCUCCUGCCCGGCGGGACGACCUCUCGGGUACCAUUUUGUUUUCCCCUGGUGACCCUUCCUCGCCGCUCCCUGCCCGCCCAGGACCUGCACAAGAUCAAGGCCUGCCAGCUGGCGCAGUACAAGGACCUGACGGCUCAGAAACUCACCGAGUCCGACAAGCUGCUCUACGUGCUGGAUGGGGACGCGGCCAUCGCCCGGCACAUGAAGCACCCCCAGGGUGACAUGAUCACAGAGGACAUCCGGCAGCUGAAGGAACAAGUGGCAAACUUGCGUGUGAAACACGACCAGAUCUACAGCUUCCCCCAGCAGCACAUCGAACCUCAGGUCAACUGGGCAACAGUGAUCGAGGAGAAACAGGACGCGUUAUGCAGCAAGGGCUUCGGGACCGACCUGCCACUAGUCAACAGCCAAGUAGAAGAGCACAACAUCUUCCACAAUGAGGUCAUGGCCAUCGGCCCACACAUCGCCAAGGACCAGGAAUUCACGAGCGACUUCCAAGCCAAAUACCAGAAGCUGCUGGCUGGCUCCCAGCAGCGGCAGCAGGAUCUGCAUUCCCUGCAGGACUACAUGCAGCGUUGGCUGGAGCAGCAGGCGAAGGACAGGACCCGUUACGACUGGAGCGACCACAACCUGGACUACCCCAGCCGGCCCCGCCAGUACGAGAACUUCAUCCACCGGAAGCUGGAGGAGAAGGAGGAGGCCAUCAACAAGCUGCACGCGGAUGGAGAUCAGCUGCUCGCCCAGAAUCACCCCGGGAAGAACGCCAUCGAGGCUCACAUCGAGGCGGUGCACGCCGACUGGAAGGAGUACCUCAACUUGCUGAUCUGUGAGGAGAGCCACCUGAAGUUCAUGGAGGACUUCCACAAGUUUCAGAGGGACACUAAGGAUGCCCAGGACCUCUUGAAGAAGGUGGAUACAGACCUGGACCAAAAAUUCAGCCCAGAGUUCAAGGACAGAUACCAGCUGGAGUCUCUCCUCCGGGAGCUGGAUGACCAGGAGAAGGCCUUGGACAAGUACGAGGCGGUGGUGAAGUCCCUGCAGGAGCGCAGCCAGCAAGUCCUGCCCCUGCGGUACCGCCGGGAGAUGCCGCUCCAGCCCGUCCCCGUGGAGGCUCUCUGCGAGUACGAAGGCGAGCAGGGCCAGAUAAGCCGAGGAGCCCACUACACCCUGCAGAAGAACAGCGGAGACGUUUGGGAAGUGGCGGACAGCUCAGGGGACACCAUCAGCGCCCCAGGGGUCUGCUUCAUGAUCCCCCCGCCCGACGCCGAGGCCAUAGCGCUG